GGAGCAUCAGUCAAUCAUAAUUUCGCGGCCUCCUAUUGGUGGAAAGUGUGAAGUAGGCGGGAUCCUUCUUCGUGGCACUGUCGGGGGGCGGGACUGUGAGGUCCAACAGGAAAAACUAAAGAAAGAUGGCUGCAAUCAGAAAGAAACUGGUGAUCGUGGGUGAUGGAGCCUGUGGAAAAACCUGCCUCCUCAUAGUGUUCAGCAAAGACCAGUUCCCUGAGGUCUAUGUGCCUACUGUGUUUGAAAACUAUGUGGCAGAUAUUGAGGUGGAUGGUAAACAGGUGGAGCUGGCUCUUUGGGACACUGCAGGUCAGGAGGACUACGACAGACUGAGGCCUCUCUCCUACCCCGACACAGACGUCAUCCUGAUGUGUUUCUCCAUCGACAGCCCCGACAGUUUGGAGAAUAUUCCAGAGAAGUGGACUCCCGAGGUCAAACACUUCUGCCCUAACGUGCCCAUAAUCCUCGUGGGGAACAAGAAAGAUCUGAGAAACGAUGAGCACACACGCCGAGAGUUAGCCAAGAUGAAACAGGAACCGGUGAAAUCAGAGGAGGCGAGGGAAAUGGCAAACCGCAUCAACGCCUUCGGUUACUUGGAGUGCUCAGCCAAGACGAAGGAUGGCGUGAGGGAGGUGUUUGAGAUGGCCACCAGGGCGGCGCUGCAGGCCAAGAAACGAGGCAAGAAGGGCGGCUGCCUUCUGCUUUAGAGCUUCAGGUCACUCAGGCUUAACCAGGGGAGGGGAGGGGAGAGGGGGGAGGUAAACAUCCCUCCUGUGUCCGCUCUGUGGGCACAGCUGAGUGGGGCAUUCAGGGGAAGUGGGAGAAUAAUCUAACCAGGCCAAAGGGACAAAAGGAGGAGGGUUAAAUUUAAAAGGGACAUUCAAGUCCAAGGCUAUAGCUUUUAGUUUUUCAAACAUACUGUAAUCUUUUAAUCAAAUUUAAAGAAUGUGAAGAGAGAGGGCGUACUUUAAAGAAGUGCAGGAGGGUGAGUACUGUAAGAAGGUUUCUCACUUUGUUUUUAAGAGUCGUAGAGAUCAGGGUAUCAGUGCCUGAAUAACUGUCUGAAACCUACAAAGGCUUGCUGUGUAACUCUUCUUUCAGUUUAGUGCUGUCGUUCUGUAUGCUCUUCUUUCUCCUUUAUUCCCCUGAAGAAGACACAGACCAAAACGACUUCAGACAGACCUUUAAAACACUCAGAGUUUAUAUAAUUAAAGGUCUGAGCUUGAUUCCAUGAUGGUGAUGUGACCAACUUAUUUGAGUGUUAAUAUUAGCGUGUUGUUGAACACAGCAGUCUGAAAAAGAUUGGAUUAAAGCAGACUGUCAAACGCUGAUAAAAGGUUAAAGAGUCCUCUAAAAACUAAAAUAGCAGCAUGGCCUUAAUCCACCUGAAACACAGAAGGACCAGACAUUAUGUAAGAAGUGUUCUCAUUAGAGACAACCCUUUAUUUCAUUAUAUUUUAGUAAAAUAAGCCUCCAUACCUUUGUUCUAUUUCUCUUCUCCUCCUCCGUUUUUACCUGAUGCCUCGUUUUAACACUCAGUGUAUUUCUACAGCACUGUUUCCAUCACAACAGAGUCAGAGCUUCUCUUUAAUACACACAUACUGUUUUCACCCACUGAUAACUUACAGAUGCUAAAAUUAAAGCUCCUGUAGGGAACGUUUGGUUUGCAUUCAAUUUGGCACCCCCUGUGGACAAAGCAGUACCUCUAAUAUAUUUGCUUAUUUUGUGCAGAUAUGUAAGUGGUAUGUUCAUCAUACAUGUCAUCCUGCUUUCUUAAAUCGGCAGCAGUUUCAGGAACCACUGAUUACAUAAACAAUUAUAGAAACAAUUAAUCCAGCAACCAUUGUAGGCCAUAAAUAGUCACCAGUGUUACUCUCAGCCUGAUUCAUGACCAUAGACUAUAAAUAAUGGACGUAGUAUCCGUCGUCACCCGUUUGUUUCUGAAACGCUGUUUUGAUGCCUAUCGUCAGCGGGAGCCAUAUUGGAAAUGCUGAACUCAACCUAACUGCUGCUGAGCUGUAGGGAAGUGAAGGGAAACAAUGUAUCACUUUGUCCACAGGGGGCGCUGAAAUCAACACAACCCAAAGUCUCUUACAGGAGCUGUAAAGUGUCAGUUUUUUAAUUAUUUUUGAAGUUUUUUGGGGGGGGCAUUUUUUGCCUUUAUUUGAUAGGACAGCUGGAGAGAGACAGGGGAUUUGGAGAGUACAGAGUGAGGGAAGACAUGCGGCAAAUGGUAGAGGUUGGUAAUCAAACCUGCAACUGCUGUGACAAGGACUACAGUCUCUGUAUGUGGGGCGCAACCUUAGACUGCUAGGCCAACUACGCUCCUGUUUUUUAAUUCUGUACUUUUUUUUUGACCCAGCCCUCAGUUUUUUCAACAUUAUGAAAACUUAUAUGAACUUUGGAGAGUUUUAUGUGUAUACUUGAGUAAAAUUAAGAGCCUGUCAGGGAGGGACUUGAUAGAAUACAGCAGAAAUUUAAGGUUUGCAAAGAUGAAACAGAAUCACAGGGUCUUUAGUCAGUCACCUCUGCAAAACCAGUCUGCAAAUAUUCAAAACACAUCUUUCUGAAGGCGCCUUUCCAAAGCAUUUUGAGAUAUAAAUCCUCUUCUUUAUCAUUCAUUUCUUCUUUUUCCAGCAGAAAUCAAAAUGCCAAAUGUGUUUUUAUCUGUGUACCUCGUUUGAAAAUCUACAUUUCUGAAUGAUGUUGUUGUAAAUCGCAGCUGCUGGCCAAUUAAGCUGUUAACUGUUAAAUAUCUUCAAGUUGGCACCUCUGGACUUUUAGUUUUGCUCCUGUCCAGCGUCUUACAUCUCUCUUUUUAUUGUCCUUUAAAUGAGCCUUUCUCUUUUCAGUCAUGAUUUUAAAGUUAGGCUGCAGAAUAACACACUUAGACCUUUAAUUUUAGAAGUCGUGUGUAAACAAGUGGUGCUUCAGAAAGUUAGCAUUUUGCUUGCUGUAGGCUUUAAGAUGAUGAAAUUGUCAUUUAAGAUCUGUUAAAUUUCAAUACCUGGAGGUAAUUAGUGUAUUAAAACAGACAAGCUUCUUAUGUGAGUGUGUUGUUACACAGAUGGAAUAAGUGCUGUGGAAAUGAACGUUAAACAGAAUCAUAAUAUUCUGUCUGUUCUGCUCCUCUCUGUCUCAGUCUGGCUCGUUUUUAUUUCCCACUCUACCGACUGUUUCUCUUCUGUCUUCUGUUGUAUUGUAUUUUAACCUUAUGUGAUAUUCUACUGGCUUACAUUGUAUUAUUUGCACACAACUUUAAACAUAGAGGUCAGUGUGGUAUUUACUCUUCGGAGAGGAAUGUCAAAUUAUGAAAUUACAACUCUGAAAUACAGAUCGGUUUGUAAGAGAAUUAGUCUUUUGUAUUCGAGUGUAUCCUCACAUUUCUCCUGUUGUCUUUUUUAUGUAUCCUAAAGGAAAUAAACUGUAACUGCUAAUGACCAAA